AUGGCCCCCCGUCUCGAUAAGAUGAUCCUCGACGCCCUUGAGGAAGUCGCCAAUAAGUCGCGCAAACCCAUCGAUGAGGUUUUGCGCGCCACUCAGACGAUUAUCGAGAAUAACAUUGUCAAAGACGAGCCGGCUGCUGUAGACGAGGCGCCCGCGCAGGCUGCGCCAGUCGCCACCCCUGCCAACACCGCCACCAAGAUCGCUGCGAAUACCGCAGCGAAGCCAUCUGCUCCGAAGGCUUCUGUCCCCGCGCCAGCUGCCACCAAGGCCUCUGCUCCCGCGAAUAAGCGCUCCGCUCCGAAGCCUCUGGGAUCUGCGGCCAAGCGAGCCGCCCCCAAGGUGAAGGCUCCUGCCUCCGACUCGGACACCGUCCCCGACGAACCUGUGGCCAACUCCGCGAGUCAGGGGAACGUCAACCAAUUUCCUUGCGGGUUCUCCGACUGCUCCAGAGUCUUUCAUCACAAGAGCUCGCGUAACCGCGUGAGUAUUCCGGCCGAAGCGCCUGGUGCCUGCGUGAGCUUAAUCUGA